AAGUGUUUAAUUGUUUGUUUGCAUUUAAAAGUACUUAAAUAUGGAAUCGGCAGACGCGCCGACUGCACCAGAUGCCGAUAAAAAAGAUAAUAAUGAUGUACCUGCCGUUGAAACUGCUAAUCAGUUGGGAAAUUUAGUAAAAACAGAAUGCGACGUGGAAGGCGCUUCGCUGACAGUGGAAGUAGAGCAGCUGGAUAGCCAGAGCAAAGUGCAGAGCGCAGAAAUUACAGUAACAACAGCAACAAAUGGAACUCCAGAUAAAAAUAUAUCAGCUGCAAAUGAGAUUGCCACGGUUGAUGAGAUUAGAGCUGCAGUGUUAGGGCAAACACAGCUGGUAAACAAAAACACAGAGGAGCCUAGUCUAGUCAUAAGUUUUGCUGAAUUAAAAGCACAGGAUGAACAACAGAGUCAUAAGGAUAUACAGCAUCCCGCUCAAAAUGAUAUAUUGUCACAUGUACACUGUUUGGCGCAGCAGGAGGAACAGCGUCGUAGCUAUGAGUUGCAGCUGGAGCAGCUGCGCACUGCAAAUGCUCAAAAGGAUAACAUGAUGACGCUGUUCCAACGUGAGAAUGCCAUAUUGGAGAAGGAGAAGACGGCAUUUCGCACUGAAAUGGAACUAGCUAAAAAAGAGAAGGAGACUACGGUUAUUAAGUUUGCCAUGAAAGAGAAACUUUUAAUAGAUGCCAAGAAGGAAAAGGAAGCAGUUGAAAAGCAGCUGGCUGAUGCUCGCAAGGAGGUAAAGAAUGUUUCUACACGCUUCCAAGCUGUUAACGAAGAAAAGUCAAGAAUUACCUAUAUCAUAGAUGAAAAGUGCAACGAAGUGCGGAAAUAUCAGAGAGAAUGCGAGAAACUUAAAACAGAAAUGAGCCAUAUGGAGUCAAAGCUCAAAUAUCAUGCCAAUAAGCUAAAUAUUGAAGUGGAGGCUAAGGCGGUACUUGAGCGAAAGCUAGAGGAGGAGCGCAAUGCGCCUAAUAAACUAGAAGAAAAGGCUAAUGAAAAACUCAAGGUGGAGUAUGAGGCCAACUCUAUAUUGCUUAAGCACGAGAUUACAGGGAAGACUGAAGCUUUGGAUAAACUCACCAGGGAAAAUCAAAAGCAAGGCGAUACAGUAAAGGAAUUGCAGCAACAACUGAAUGAUCUAAACAGCACUCAUGAAGAUGUUUUGGAGGAGUUGAAUGCUCUGCGCGAGCAACAUAGUGCUCUGGAGGCGUCCUACAGCGAUGAGCUGUUAAACGCUGCCAAGCUUCAUGGUCAGCUAUCCGAGCUGCAGCUGCUGCGUACACAAAAUACAAUCAAUGAAGAGAAGCUGACAACGGCGCUUGCACGCAUCACCGAGCUUGAAGCCACUUUAAAGGAUAAUGAAGCAGACUUGGAACAGCUGCAGCAAAAGAAACAGGAGCUGCUUAGUAUUAACAAAGAAAUGAGCGAGCUGAUAGUCAAACUGCAAAAUGAUAUUGGCCUAGCAGAAGCUAAGGCACAGGGACUAGAGGCGGAAAAUAGACUGCUGAAACAGGAGAAGCUGAGCUAUGAUAACAAAUAUGCCAAGCUAGAGACGCAACUAAGCGCAGAGGCGGCGGAGAAAAAUGAGGAGCGACUGCUUUUAGCCAGGCAUCUGUCCGAGAAGACCAAGCUAUAUGAGCUGACUAAGGCGAAGCUGGAUAAUAUCCAAGGAGAUUAUGAAGCCACACAGCACAAGCAUGCCACUGUGGUCAAGGAGCUACAACGCGAGUUGCAAAAGUACAAAAAGGGCAUUGCGGAUGCCAAACCACAAACGAGCAUUAACUACUGCAGCAAUUGCCAGCAGGCGUUGAAUGGUUGCGUGCAGGAGCAGCGUUCCUUGCCACAACGCAGUCAUAGUCGCAGCAGUAGUCAAGGCAGCUUACAAAAUGGCAGUCGCUGCCCCAGCGAGUCUUCCGAAUCCGAAACAGUGGCCAGCAGCGUAACCGCUGUACCACCCACGCCACAGCAAGAAUUACAGACAGUGCCGUCUAAGAAAGUUCUAGUGGAACGCAUUCUGCGACUGCAGCAGGCCUCAGCACGUCAAACAGAACGCAUUGAGUUCUUGGAGAAUCAUACUGCCGCUCUGGUAGCCGAAGUACAAAAGAAGUCCAAGGUAGUGCAGCAUUAUUUACUUCGAGAUCAAACAGCGGGCGCCUUGACAUCUUCCAAAAGUGAUCAGAACAAAAGCGAGCUAGUCAAGUAUGGCAAUGGCGUCAUGGCAGCCAUUUAUGGUGGUGUCAAAAGCUCCGAGCAUAAGGGCAUGUCGCUAGAACUCUCACUAGAGAUUAACAAAAAGCUGCAAGCCGUGCUGGAGGACACGCUGCUCAAGAAUAUAACACUCAAGGAGAAUCUGGAUGUGCUGGGCAUAGAGGUGGAUAAUCUGACGCGCCAGCUACGCUCCUUGGAGUCUAACAAGUAAUCCGUGUAUUCCAUUCCAUUGUCUACCGUGUGUAAAUAUAGUUAAACUAACA